AUGAGUAAUACUACAACAACUAAUGACUCUUCUGCUAAACCAUUGAAAAUAAAUAAAUGGGAAACAAAUGCUCUAAAAAAUGCAUUAGAUGAUGCAUGCAAGAAGUAUUUCAAAGAGACUUUAAAUUUUACAGAAAAUUACUCAUUAAUGGAUCGUCGUCUUUAUAUAUCAUUUUUUGCAUGUUUAUUUUCGCUAUUUGCUUUAAUUUAUGAUUGGUUUUAUCCAUUUCCGAAAUCUCGUACAAUUCUCAUUACCUGUGCUAUCUCUUAUUUUAUUCUUAUUGGUAUUCUUGCAUUAUAUAUGUACUAUGUCGAGGGCGGUAGAUUUUUUACUGGUAAACUUAUUGAUAAAACUGGUCUUGAUCCUGGAUUGAACUGUGCAAUAAGUUCUAAAUUGAAAAAAUACGAUGAUAAAUAUAAUUUAACUUUGGAAUAUAACGAAGGUACAAAUAAAUCAACGAGUUCAUCAGGAGCAUUAAUUAGUUCUGUAAGCAAUUAUUUUGAUGAUAAUGGUGUUUUAUGUUAUGAUCGAUUUACAAAUGAUUUAAAAAGGAUUUAUGAUCAAGCACGAUUAAAUGCUCGUAAAGUUAAAUAA